CACGCUACCUUCCCCUCAAAUCCACGGCGUCACGUUACUGCCGGGAGAGAAAACGCCGGCGGCAUGGACGCCGAUCGCCGUGGGGGCUUAAGGACGCCGAUAUUAGCGGACGAUGAGGUACGUAGAAGCUUGUAACUAUAGUAGUUAGCUGCAGUAUCGAUCGGAUCGAGGUCAGGAGGCUUGCGCGCUGUUCCGGGAGGCCCGAUUCGGGGCCGUGGGCGCCGGCGCGCCCUGCAACUGCAAGUCUGCAACCUCGAGCCACCCUGAGCCGUCGGCGUGGCCUGCCACGCUCGACGAUUCCUGCCCAGGCGUCUGGUUCGGAAGCUCGGGAGCAUGAGGUGCACAUGGCGGCCGGUCACUGCUCUGAUAAGGCGCUCAAAGUCAUCUUGUGCCUGCAGUUCCUGGAGGUCAGUGCUUUCUACGGGGUCUACCUGAACUUGAUAGUGUAUCUUCAGGAUGUUCUCCAUGGAGACAGUGCAUCCAAUGUGACGGCCGUGAAUUCUUGGGCUGGGGUCAGCUACCUCAUGCCCCUGCUCGGCGCCGCCGUCGCCGACUCCUACUGGGGAAAACACAAGACCGUUUUGAUCGGCCUCUGCAUUUCUCUCGUCGGGAUGGCCAUGGUCACCACGUCAGCUACGCUGCCGUCUCUGAGGCCGCCCCCUUGCUCGCCGGGCGCGUACUGCGCACCGGCGACGCUCAGCCAAGAGCUAGUCUUCUUUUCGGGCAUAUACCUGUGCGGCGUCGGGAUCGGCGCGUCCAAGGCAGUCUUCAUCUCGUUUGCCGCGGAGCAGUUCGACGACGACGAUGACAAGAACACGUCGGGAGGGGAGGCGAAGGCGUCCUACUUCAGCUGGUACUACGCGGUGGCCAACGUGGCCAUGCUGACCGCGGGGACACUGCUGGUUUGGGUCGAGGACAAGGUGAGCUGGGGGCUCGGGUACGGCAUCUGCGCGUCGUUCGUCGCGGUCGCCGUCGUCGGCCUCGCCGCGACGGCGCCCAUGUACCGGAUCGUGCCUCCGGCGGGCAGCCCGAUGAAAGGCGUGCUCCAAGUGCUGGUGGCGUUCUCUCGCAAGGUAAACCUGACGGUGCCUGAGGACGCCACAGAACUGUACGAGGAGGAUGGUGUCAAGAACCCGUUGCUGCAUCCGCUGCACGAACGAUUGCAGCACACGGAACAGUUCAGGUGCUUGGACAAGGCUGCCAUUGUCACGGCCGAGGACUUGGAAGACGGCGGCCUGAACCGGCCAUGGAGGCUGUGCACGGUGACCCAGGUGGAGGAGCUCAAGACUCUGCUGCGGCUGAUCCCGAUAUGGCUCACCUCGGCCGUCUACUUCGUCGCCAACACGCAGGCGCAGACCACGUUCGUGCAGCAGGGCACCAAGACGGACUCCCACAUCGCGGGCGGCGCCGCGUCCGUCCCGGCCGCGUCGCUGACGUCCAUUGAGACGGUGCUCGUCGCCGCCUACGUCACGCUCUACAACAGGGCCGUCGUGCCAUCCGUGGCGUUCACGCCGCUCCAGCUCAUGGGGCUCGGGCACGCCACGGCGGCCGGGGCGGUGGCCGUGGCCGCGUGCACCGAGGCGCGCAGGCUGCGGAUGGCCGGGGGCCAGGAGGCGGCCCAAAUGGGCAUAGCGUGGCUGCUGCCGCAGUACGCCGUGAUGGCGGUCUCGGACGCGUCGCUCUCCGUGGGGCAGAUGCAGUUCUUCUACGACCAGUCGCCGGAGACGAUGAGGGGCGCGUCGACGGCGUUCUACUUCCUGUCCAUCUCCCUCGGGAAUCUGAUCAAUUCGCAGCUGGUGACGCUGGUGGCGUCCGUCACGUCGGCAGGGGGGAGGACGGGGUGGUUUCCACCGGAAUUGGAUGAUGGGCACCUAGAUUACUACUUCGUGCUCGUUGUCGCCAUCACUUUGCUGAACUUUGCCGUUUUUGUUGCCCUUGCCAAGAACUACACGUCCAAGAGAGUUAGAUAGUUGGAUUCCAAACAAGGAAGAACAUAAUAAUACUACUUAUGUAGAGCCAGUGAAUUAUGAUGCUAGUCAGGAGUCUCUAGACUCCCUUGCACCAGAUUGGGGGUGGCAACUGGGGAGGGUGAAGAGGUGAAAGAGUUAGACAGCAAUGUGGAUGAGAAUUUAAGGAGAUGUGGCAGAUUGGUAGACAAGCAAGAUGCCAGAAUUGAAGAACUGGCUAAACAGAGAGAUGCUGGUAAAUAUAACUAUGGUAAGAAUUCUGAUUUAGAUACUCACAACUCAUCUUUACUGUUUAUGGUAGAGAAAAUUGGCAUUGAUUUGCGGUGAUCCAUUGGCAUGAUUAACCAAAAUAUAGAAAUCAUUGCUAAAAUGGAACAGUUUAGAAAAGAUUUUUUUCAAACUCACAUUAUUCAGAAAAAUGAUUUCCUAGAAACAAAAGAGAGUAAUCUCAUUGACACUGGUGAUGUGAGUAUUAGAGAAUUAUGCUCUGAUGAUGACCGUUCAGAUGCUGAGUUGGAGAUGGAUUAUUUUUCUCAUCUUAAGAAUAUUUUUACUAGUGGUAAACAGGGCAGUAAUGGCUCACCAGGUCUUACUUGUGUGAAGCCUGUUGUCUCUAUUGGGGGAACUAAAUAUAGAGGGAAAAGAAUAAAGAAAUGAUAGGGAUAGUUUGGAAUGUGAGGGGGUUGGGCCCUGAUAUCAAGAGAAAUUUUAUCAGAGAAACUAUCUGCAAUAAAAAAUUAGACUUUAUAGGGCUUCAAGAAACUAUUAAAACUGAUUUUACUAGAAAUGAACUGCACAAUUUGUGUGGAGGGAAAAAAUUAGUUGAAUUGAUCUCAACCAAGAGGUAGAGCUCGGGGGAUUUUAGUGGGUAUCAAUAAUGAUAGUUUUGACAUUGUCAAUGUUGAGAUUGGCAUCUACUAUAUUAGAACUUUACUUUUUGAUAAGAAAGGCAAAUUUGAAUGGAAUCUCAUCAUUGUUUAUGGA